AUGUCCACAACUGAAAAAGCACUGAUUUCAAGAAUGGUUGAUCCUUUGACGAAAGUCUCCAUACUCUCACCUUUGGCAAUGUUGCAGCUGCAUCAUCAUAAGCCUAAAAAAAGUUGGAUAAGGAGUGUGAUGUCCGAUGUAAAACGUUCUUUGCUCGAUAUGGGUCCUGGGAAGACAGAAGUGGAGGAGGAAGAAGCUGAAGAGAUGCAAGAAGAAGAAUCUAAAGAAACCUUUUCUGAAUUUUGUUCGAGACAAGCUCGAAAUGUUGUACAUUUUUUGGUAGAAGACUGGUGCUUAUCAGCCUUAUUAGGAAUAAUUACAGCUGUAUUAUCUGUUGGAAUGGAUGUUGCCAUUGAAUCUCUCCAACAUCUUCAUGUAGUAGUUUAUGAUAAGCUUAUUCUUGUUUCUUCCUACCUGGCAUGCUCUGUAUGGAUAUUUCAUGUUGUUUUCUUUACUACAGUUGCUGCAAUAUUUUGUCAAAUAGUAUCGAAACAAGCCGUUGGAUCUGGUAUUCCGGAAGUCAAAGUGAUAAUGCAUGGAUUUAAAAUGAAUAAUUAUCUUACCUUUCCAACUCUUAUAGCUAAAAUGGUUGGAUUAACAUUUGCCAUGGGAGCUGGAUUACCCAUGGGGAAGGAGGGACCAUUUGUACAUAUUGGAGCUAUCGUGGCUACUUUGUUAUCAAAGCUGACGGCAAGAUGUCAAUACUCUGCGUUCUUCUCAAACGAGGGUCGUGAAAUGGAGAUGCUCUCAAGUGGUUGUGCUGUAGGAAUCGCCUGUACAUUCAGUGCCCCAAUUGGAGCUGUUUUGUAUGCCAUCGAAUCAACUUCAAAGUAUUUUGCUGUAAAAAGCUACUGGAGAAGCUUUUUAGCUGCUACUUGCUCAGCUAUUGUUUUCCGAUUUGCUAAUUUCUUUGUAACAGCGGCUCAAUCUGGAACCAUAACGGCAUUCUAUCAAACCAAGUUCCCCACAGACCCUUUCCUGGUCGAAGAAUUGCCUGUGUUUCUAUUGCUUGGCUUCAUUAAUGGAGUAAUGGCUUCACUCUUCAUCUAUACUCAUCGGAAGAUAUCCUUGUUUCGACAGAGGAAUGGAAUCAUCAAGUUAAUAUUCAGAAAUAAUUUCCUCAGUUUUACUGUUUUCAUUGCAUUCGUGUGUGGAGUUCUGACUUAUCCUCCCGGAAUAGGAAGAUUCAUAGCUGGAAAACUUACAUUCCGAGAAACAAUGGCUGACUUCUUCAACAAUUGUACUUGGUAUUCGAAUGAUAGUUGGAGAAGAUGCCCAGACAGUCUGAUAGAACAUUGGACAGGUGGUCCACAAGGAGGUCUUUCAAUAUUCACAACAUUAUCAUCAUACUAUAUAGUUUAUUAUCUGCUUGUUGCCAUUGUUAUAUCAAUUAACGUACCCGCAGGAGUUUUCGUGCCUUCUAUGGUCAUUGGUGCAACUGGCGGUCGUAUACUUGGAGAGUUUAUGGUCUUUCUCUUUCCCGAGGGUAUGAGAGGUCCCGGUGGCCCUGUAAUCUAUCCCGGCUUGUAUGCGGUCGUAGGAUCAGCUGCUUUCACAGGAGCUGUCACGCAUACAUUAUCUGUUUCUGUUAUAAUUUGUGAAUUGACGGGUCAAUUAGCUCCUAUUCUACCUGUUUUGAUUGCUAUGUUAAUGGGAAAUGCUAUCUGUAAAUUCUUGCAGCCAUCCAUAUAUGAGAGUAUAAUCAGAAUAAAGAAAUAUCCAUACUUGCCGGAUUUACCGCCAUCACGUAUCAGUGUCUACACUGUGAAAGUGGAACAGCUGAUGGUUACUGAUAUCAUUUAUAUAACGAAAACAAUGACGUACAGAGAAAUGAAGGAUGUUCUUCAAUCUGCUCCUCAUCUGAAAAGUUUACCAAUCGUGACAGAUCAUGAAAGUAAAAUAUUAGUUGGAUCUGUUGCAAAAAGAUAUUUGACUAUGCUUCUUAGAAGACAUGUACUUGUCACUCAGCAAGAUAGCCGAGCAAGUGUUCGAAUCACACCAGCUGAGAUCUUUAACACAAUUCGAAGAACCAGUAUGAGGUUAUCUAAGCGUUCCCCUCAUCGGAAAUCACGUGAAGGAAGAGAUUCGAAAACAAACUCUGAUAGUAACGGCACAACAGAUGGAGAUAUAACAACGAGGAGCAACGACACUGAACAAGUUGAGCUUAUAUCUGAUCGAACGUAUAGCGGAAAUACUUUGUUAUCUAUCUCCCCUCUCCAUGCUCCAAAUUCAGUUCCUUUGCAAGCUGUUUUCACUAGACCAUCUAUUCAUGAACUGAACAAAGAUAUUGACCAGGAAGCUUUGCUCGACAGAGUGAUCGACUUAGACGAAAUCGCCAUCGACGCAGCACCAUUCCAGCUUGUUCUUGGAUCUUCACUUUAUAAAGUUCACACAUUAUUUUCAUUAUUGGGAUUGUCACAUGCUUAUGUGACCGAUUGUGGAAGGCUAGUCGGUGUUGUUGGACUCAAAGAACUUCGGGAUGCUAUGGCGAAUAUCUAUCUACGUGGUGCCGUUGUUCCAACGAAAAAUGAACGAAAACAAACAUCUUCAUCACAUCCUCUGUUCAAAGACAAUAUCGAACAAGCAAAUGCAACAAAUGGAGUUAUAAUAUCUGCGACGGAGCCAUCUAAAUAUGGAAAUCUUCUAACAGUACCACAAGCCUUAUAA